ACUCCCCCGCUUUAUAUUCAUCAUCAUCAUCCUACCAAGAAAACAAUUACGAAGAUGAGGCUCAACUCCUUUGCAGUUGGUCUUCUACUCUCGGUUUACUUUGUAUUUAUUUACUUUCCUCAUGCCGCAACGGCUUUAGGUGGUGGUCCGGUGCCGGUGAGUGACGGACCUACGGUGAGGAAGGAUGAGAGGUGGCCGUUAAUGUCGUCGGAGUGCGGUGAAGUCUCAGCCGUUAAGAUUAGUGAUGGAAAGAAUGGGUGCUAUUACCUCCAUUUUAUUACUAUGAAUCCUGGUUCUCUCUUUCUGCCUGUUUAUCUUCAUUCGGAGAUGCUUCUCUAUGUCAACUCAGGCAAUGGAACUUUGAGUUGGAUCAAUGUGAAGGCAGAUGAUGAUGACAAGCUUCAACAAGUGGUGUUAAAGCGCGGAGAUAUUUUCAGACUGACUAGCGAAACUGUUUUCUACUUACAAAACAAUGUUGAUGAGACCUAUGGAUACCAUCUCCAAAACCUUCAAAUUUAUGCCAUUUUCCCUGCCUCAGAAGUUGAGCUACAAAAUGAUCUUCUCGCCGGAGCAUACACCGCUGUUCAUGAUUUAGUACUAGGGUUCGACAACCGAGUCCUUCAGUCAACUUUCAGUGUGCCGGAGGAAGUGAUAGAAGAGCUAAGAGGAGGAGAAAAUCAACCAUUGAUUGUGGAUGGACAGUUUGAAAUUAGUGCUUCCAAGGGUAUUAGAGCCUUAAUAGGAACCAAUGACAUAUACAACGUAGAAAACAAAAAGAAAAAGAAAAAGAAAGACAAAAUGAAGGCAUAUAAUGUUUUCAACGAGGAUCAUGAUGUUGACACUUGCUUUGGAUGGAGUGUAGUAGUGACUAGUGAAGAAUUGGAUGUGUUGAAAGACACUCAUUUUGGUGUGUUCAUGGUGAAUCUAGCCAAGGGAUCGAUGAUGGCACCACAUUGGACUCCAGACACAGUUGAAGUCGCGAUUGUAUUGCAUGGACAAGGAGUGAUUGAAGUGGUUUGUCCUGGCAUUGCAAGCGAAACAAAGUGCGAGAAUUCAAGGUUGAUGGUUGAAGAAGGUGACGUGUUUGUGGUGCCAAGAGCGCAUCCGAUGGCUCAAAUGUCCUACAACAACGACUCCUUUGUUUUUAUGGGGUUCAUGUUGAAACAAGAGAAAGAAAGUCCUCAAUAUCUAGCAGGGAAGUUGUCAAUUCUCCAAAGGCUGGAUAGAAAGGUGUUGGCGAAGUCUUUUAAUGUUAGGAACACAACAAUAGAUUGGAUUUUGUCAAAUGAAAAAGAAGAUAUCAUCUACGAAUGUGUUUCGUGUGCUGAGGAAGGACAAGGAGGCGAGUCCCCAGAGGAACGAGGAGGGUGUGGGGGAGGGUGGCAAGAAGAGGAAGGAGGAAGAAGUGGGAGGCAAGAGCGAGGAAGAGGUGGUGGUGGGUGGCGAGAGGAGGAAGGUGGCAGAGGAGGGUGGCAAGCGAUGUAACGGAAACAUGAAGAUGUCAAGUAGGUGAAGGCUAAGGGUAGCAGAGCGACCGAGGAAGGUGGUGACAUCCGCAUUAUAUAUACAUGUAAUGUGAGGAUGUAUAAUAAAGAAUGUGUAAUGUUUUCUUCAAUCUAGUGAACUUUUUUUUUGUUAAUAAAUGAGAUCUAUUUGGCUAA